CUUAACCAAUCAGAUGAUAUCGGAAAAUCCGACCAUGUCUUGGGAAAAAGAAGAAAUGACGAUGAGGAAGGUAGUUAUCAAGAAGGAUAUACAACUCCUCCUAACAUUGAUGAGGAUAACACAUCAGAUAUACCAGACAUGCCAGACAUAUCGGAAGAGAUCGAUGGUGGUGAUCAGUCUUCAGGUACUAUUUAUAACGAUCCAAGAGAUGUUUCACUAUCUUUGAUUUCUAUUAUGGAAGAAUAUUUUGUCAAUGUGGAAUAUCAUAAAGAACUAGACUCGAUCUUUGAUUACUUGUUUGGACAACAAAAAGGAAGGAGAUCGACAAUUAAAAAUAUUCAUCAAGCUCGCACCCAGUGGAAAAAUUUAAGAAAUAUUGAACCUCCUGAGUAUAAGGAAGAAUUUUCAUAUGAUAAAGAUGACUGGGAGAAGAUUUUAUGGUGGAUAGAGUGGGCUGUGGGACGAUU